UGCAGGGCCCCGCCGCCGCCAUGUCCGGCCCGUUUGAGCUCUCGGUGCAAGAUCUCAACGACCUGCUCUCGGACGGCAGCGGCUGCUACAGCCUCCCGAGCCAGCCCUGCAACGAGGUCAUCCCGAGGGUCUACGUGGGCAACGCGUCUGUGGCUCAGGACAUCCUCCAGCUGCAGAAACUGGGCAUCACCCACGUCCUGAAUGCUGCCGAGGGCAGGUCCUUCAUGCACGUCAACACCAGUGCUAGCUUCUACAAGGAUUCUGGCAUCACCUACUUAGGCAUCAAGGCCAAUGAUACACAGGAGUUCAACCUCAGUGCUUACUUUGAAAGGGCCGCAGACUUCAUUGACCAGGCCCUGGCCCAUAACAAUGGGCGGGUGCUUGUCCAUUGCCGUGAGGGCUACAGCCGCUCCCCAACGCUAGUCAUCGCCUACCUCAUGAUACGGCACAAGAUGGAUGUCAAGUCUGCGCUGAGUACUGUGAGACAGAAUCGUGAGAUCGGCCCCAACGAUGGUUUCCUGGCCCAACUCUGCCAGCUCAAUGACAGACUAGCCAAGGAGGGCAAGGUGAAACUCUAGGGUGCCCACAGCCUCUUUUGCAGAGGUCUGACUAGGAGGACCCUGGCUGCCAUGCUUAGGAAACAGUGUACCCUGCUCCCUGCACUACCAGGCACUUGCCCAUGUCUGUCUCACUCCGGUCUCGUGGCCACUCCACCCUUAGGGAGCACAUGAAGAAGCUUGCUGAGGAAGCCAUUCUGCUCCUUGGCUGUCCUAUCCUGUAAUUUAUGUCUCUCCCUGAGGUGGGGCUCAGGGAGAAAACCUGUGGCAUAGAUACAUCUCAGUGACCCAGGGUGGGAGGCCUGUAAGGGUGUAUGGCCCAAGACACAGGCACGCUUCAUGGUCCCCUUCCCCACCUGGGUUCUUCCUGAGUGGUCCAGAACCAUGAACCCGGUAAAGGAACUAUGCAAACACAGGCCCUGCUUGCUCCACGUCUGUCGCUGGUCCUCACAGCCCAACACAGCCUGCUUAGGCAGAAGCAUGGUGUGAGUUCUGAGCAGAGUGGAGAUAGAUUAGUAACUGGAUUUCCAAAAAAGAAAAAGAUAAAAAGCUGCAUUUUAAUUAUUUCCUUAGAAUUAAAGAUACUACAUAGGGGCCCAUGGGUAAGCAAAUCUGUUUUCCCAGAGGGCUAUCUUGAUUCUUUGGAAUGUUUAAAGUGUGCCUCGUUGGAGAGCUGACGUUCCGUAUCUGCUGCUUACCUGUGGAUGGCUCUGUUCCUUUGCUUGUUAGAAGAGCGAUGCUUUGGGCAGGGUUUUCUCUUUUUUAGAAUACAGGGUGCGAGGUCCAGCCUAUUAAAAACAACAAACAAACAAACAAACAAAACCUCCAUUUGGAGAAUUCCAAGGGUUUUAUCCUGAAUUAUAGUGUUGGUGAGCUCAAAUCACCAUGCCAAGUGCUUGUCAUCCUGGUUGCUAUUCUAAGAGUAAUUAGGAGAAAGCUGCCAAUUACAGCUUGUGUCCAUGGGUGUGUGCAUGGGUGCAUAUGUUGGGGGUGCCUGUCCCCUUGGGGACAGAAGGAAAACGAAAGGCCCCUCUGCUCACCCUGUCCAUUUACGGGAGACUCUGAAGGUUCCACGGUGUUUGUGCAGGAUCUCUGGAACUAACUCGCUGGACAGAAACGAGACUUGAUGGCAUCAUCGAAAUGGAUCCCUCUUUUAUUGGAGAGAGAGAAAAGAAAAAAACAGCCUUUUAAAGAACUUUUUCUAAGGAUGGUUUUUGAAAUGCGCUAGACCUCGUGUGUGUGCACAUUUGCCAGAGAAUGAACACAAUCUUCUUGGGACUUCAUGUUCUCAUUAUUUGUAUGUCUCCAGGGUCACACAGAGCAGGGAGGUGGCUGUCAGCCACCACCCCAGCACCUGGCACAUAGGCGUCUCAUAAAAACCUGUUUUAUGAGAACCUGAGCUGUUUGAGUACCCUGUGUAUAUAGAGAGUUGUUGUCCUGGGGCACCCGGAUCCCAGCAGCCUGGUUGCCUGCCUGUAAGAUGUCUUACAGAAGUUUGCAGAGAAAUCUUCCUUGGAGGGAAAGAAAUAUCAGGGAUUUUUGUUGAAUGUUUGAAAUUCAGCUUUUAGUGUGAGACUCAGCAGUGUUCGUGGUUGAGGUGAAGGAUGUGCCUUCUUCAGGGCUCCUGAGGAGCAUCUGGCAAGAGCCAGCAGAAGCAGACUGUCUUAGGGUGUCACUCCCAGGGUAAAGACCUCUGAUCACAGCAGGAAUGGAGCUGUGCAGCCUGGAUGGUCAUUAUCCCCUAUUCUGUGUGACCAUAGCAGCCCUGGACACAUGGGGCAGGUCACCUUUUUUUCCCAGAAUGAAAUGGCAAUAGCCAAAUUGUGUACUUCAGUCUGUAGUUUUCAAGUGGCUUUCUUGCUUAAUACAGCUUGCAUUUCAAAAUAACCCUGUUAAGUUGACAGAACUUACUCAUGUGUUAUGAGAGGGAAAGAGAGAGGAGAAAGCAAAGCAAAACAAAACAAAACAAAACAAAAACAUUUGGCUAGCCGGGCAUGGUUACACUAUGUCUACAGGCCCAGUUCAAGGGAGGCAGAGACAAAAAGACCACUGAAAGAUCAGGAUAGCAUGGUCUACAUAUCAAGACUCCAGCCAGGCUACCAUCCCAAGAUCCUGGGUUUUGGGUUUUGGUUUACGGUUUUUGGUUUUUGGUUUUUGGGAUAGGGUCUCGGUGUGUAGCCCUGGCUGUCCUGGAACUUGCUCUGUAGACCAGGCUGACUUUAGAGAUCUGCCUGCCUCUGCCUCUGCCUCUGCCUCUGCGAGCUGGGACUAAAGGCGUAUGCCGUCACUGCCUAGCUAAGAUCCUGUUUUUAAAAAACAAAAAAAUAUUCAAGAUAAUUAAGAGUUGCCAGCUCUUUAAAGCUAAGUAAGCAGAAGUAGUUUCAGGCCUGCUGCUUGAGGAAGCUGGGCUGUUGUUGUCUUGGACCUGAAACCAGCCCCCAGCAAUGUCCGAGUGCCCUGCAUAUGACUUUGAGCCAUCUCCAGAGAAGGAAGUGAAAAUUGUGGGUCCCUAGUCAGUUAAGACACAGCCUCUCUUUGUCCAAGUAACGCAUGGUGACAUGUGGUGUUGAACUCUCCACUCUGAGGCUGGACUCCCCUCCCCCUGCCUCAUCUGAGUGACUACUCCAUAAGACAGCCACAGGACAGUCACUAGCACCUCCCAGAGGUCUCUUUGUGGGAACAUGAAGAAAAGGGCCUUUGGGAGAUUCCUGGUUUUCCUUUGGGGCUGUUUGUUGAAAGUUCAGCAUUUCUUGGUUGGCUUUACCCCGUGUUUAUAAGAUUAGCUACUAUUCUUCAGGUAAAAUACCCAUGUUGUGGUAAAGUCAACCGCAUGCCUGCCAGUGAGUAGGGUGGUGGGGUAGAGAAUCCUGGAAAGUGUUCUAUCCCUGGAAAGUGAUGGAAUAGGAAUUCAGGGUGUCCCUCCCUCUUCCUCAGACCUAGUCACUUUCUGUGACUCAUAAAAACCCAGGUAAAAAUUACCAUGUAAAAAUGGUUUCUCUUGUCAAUCUUAAAGUCUGCCUGCCUUUUCCAGAGGUAGGUCUGUGUCCUUGCUGUUCCAUUAUCUUGAGAGCACAGACUAACACUUUCCAAAUGAGAGAACUCUUUUGGCCCACACUAAGGCUCUUCUGGGCUUCAGCUCUCUGAGUUGUUUUAAUAAUCCUCACUUGGCCUUUAGCACCCCCAGGGAAGUGGGCAUGAAUAAUGCCAUGGCCAGCAGGGGGCACUGUUGAGGUUGGUGCCUUUUUAGCCACAGGUUCACAUGAAGUUGCUCAUAGUAUUUAAGACGCUAAAUGUUUUAAUCAAAAUAAGCACUGAUCUUAAAUAUGAAGAUAAGAGAUUUUCUCACAGGAAAUUUUCUUUUUCAUAAUUCUUUAACAGACUUUAUCCUGAUCGUAGAGUAGAGAGAAGGAUGGUUGGAUAUUUAACUUGUGUUUCUCUUUCCUCUGCCAGCUGUUAGGGUAACUUGUAAAAAGCAAUUUUGUGGACAGAAGAGGUUCAGGGGAAAGGGGAUGGAGGAGUGAUGCAGAGCACUGUCACCUGCCUAGCAUGGGGAGCCCUGAGUUCAAUUCCUGCCACUGGGGAGGAAAAGAAAAGUUCAAUAUCUAUUGUCUCACCAGUGUUAAUGCACUAUAAAAUUGUAACCAAAAUAAAUGUCUUACCUUACAAAGAA